AUGGAGAACCAAGCUUUGCACAGGCAGACCACCCAGAUCCAUGAGGAAAACAUGGUACUGCUGGCCCAGCUGGCACAGCAUGCAGGAGAUGAGAAGGCAACCUGGUUGCAAGAUGAAAAUGUUGCACUAUGGGGUGGCUCUUGCUGCUGGGGAAGAAACAAGUGGAGGUGGCUGCUCUCGGGAAAAGGGAACAGGCUUAGCAGGACUGAAGCUCGCCCAGCACUGGGGCCGAGCCUGUGUGCGUGUGAGGGGAGAGAGCAGUGCGUGCUCCCCCCGCAGCGCCAGCCAGAGCCCGGCGGGGAGCCGCUCGGGCGGGGAGGGAGGAGUGGCCUGGUUACGCAUUGCGGCUGGAGAGAACCUGAGGCGGCGGGGAGCGGAGCUGCCGGCGCCGCUGCUGUCAGUGCGGUGGGGGCGGGAGCCGCUCGCUUCUCCGCCAGCCAGGGAGCGCUCGGGCGGUGCGGGACCCUCCCGGCGCGGCCGCGGUGCUACCUAGUCAGCCAGUCACUACAAUGGCUGGAGCGCGGAGGUGAGAGCGGCAGCCCCGCGCCCCGGCUCGGAGAGGCGGCGGAACGAGGCUGUGUUUACCCCGCCCCCCCACCACACCAUGUCGGCGGGGCAGGACGAGAGCUCGGUGCGGGUCGCUGUCAGAAUCAGACCACAGCUAGCCAAGAGAAGAUUGAAGGAUGCCAUAUUUGCACAUCUGUCACGCUGGCGAACUCUCAGGUGUUCCUGGGAAAAGAUAAGGCCUUCACUUUUGAUUAUGUGUUCAAGGACUCGCGGCAAGAGGAGAUUUAUGAUCAAUGUGUAGAAAUGAUUGAAGGGUGCUUUGAAGGAUAUAACGCCACUGUUUUUGCUUAUGGCCAAACUGGCGCUGGGAAAACAUAUACCAUGGGAACAGGAUUUGAUGUCAACAUAACAGAAGAAGAACAGGGCAUUAUAUCACGUGCUGUUAAACACCUUUUUAAAUGCAUUGAAGAAAAAAAGCAAGCUGCUAUUAAACAAGAACUUCCAACUCCAGAAUUCAAAGUGAAUGCCCAAUUCUUAGAGCUUUACAAUGAAGAAGUUCUUGAUCUAUUUGAUACAACACGUGAUAUCGAUGCAAAAAAUAAAAAAUCAAAUAUCAAAAUACACGAAGAUUCAACUGGAGGAAUUUAUACAGUAGGAGUUACAACGCGAACCGUGAAUGGAGAAGCAGAGAUGAUACAGUGUUUGAAGUUGGGUGCUUUAUCUCGAACCACGGCCAGUACUCAGAUGAAUGUUCAAAGCUCACGUUCGCAUGCCAUCUUCACUAUACACUUGUGUCAAACCAGAGUUUGUUCUGCAAUUGACACUGACAGUGUGAUAGAUAACAAGAUAAUUUCUGAAUCUUCUCAGACGAAUGAGUUUGAAACCCUUACUGCCAAGUUCCAUUUUGUUGAUCUGGCAGGAUCUGAAAGAUUAAAGCGUACAGGAGCUACUGGAGAGAGAGCAAAAGAAGGCAUUUCUAUCAACUGUGGACUACUGGCACUUGGCAACGUAAUAAGUGCACUGGGGGAUAAAAGUAAGAAGGCAACUCAUGUACCAUACAGAGAUUCAAAACUCACAAGACUACUUCAAGACUCUCUUGGGGGAAAUAGCCAAACAGUUAUGAUAGCAUGUGUGAGCCCUUCAGACAGAGACUUCAUGGAAACUUUGAACACACUAAAGUAUGCCAAUCGGGCACGAAACAUCAAGAACAAGGUGAUGAUUAAUCAGGACAGGGCUAGUCAACAAAUCAAUGGUUUACGCAGUGAGAUUGCACGACUUCAAAUGGAACUUAUGGAGUACAAAACAGGCAAAAGGAUUAUUGAUGAAGAAGGUAUUGAAAGCGUCAAUGACAUGUUUCAUGAAAAUGCUAUGCUGCAAACAGAGAAUAAUAACCUGCGUGUAAGAAUUAAAGCAAUGCAAGAGACUGUUGAUGCACUAAGAGCCAGAAUAACACAGCUUAUGAGUGAUCAAGCAAACCAGGUCCUUGCAAGAGCAGGAGAUGGGAAUGAAGAAAUCAGCAACAUGAUUCAUAACUAUAUCAAGGAAAUUGAAGAUCUCAGAGCAAAAUUCUUAGAAAGUGAAGCAGUUAAUGAAAAUCUUCGACGCAGUCUGUCAAGAGCUUCAGCAAGACCAUCAUAUUUUGGAGGCCCUUCAGCAUUUUCUGCUUCUGUGCUUUCCUCAGAAAGAGAGACUUUGGAAAUUCUUGAUAUAGCUAAGAAAGAUUUAGAAAAACUGAAAAAAAAAGAAAAGAAGAAGAAAAAAAGGCUACAGAAACUUGAGGAAAGCAAUCAAGAAGAAAGAAGUAAUGUUAAAGAGGAGAACCCAGAUAACGAACAGGAGAAAAGGGAUGAAAAAAGCACUUCAGAGAGAGAGAAUCAUGAAUUGGAAGCGGAAGAAAUUCAGGAAGUAAGUGAUCAUGAGGAUGAGGAAGAUGACGAAGAUGAAGAUGAUGAUAUGGAAGUUGUUGAAAGCUCAGAUGAAUCUGAUUCUGACUUAGAUGAAAAAGAAAAUUAUCAGGCAGAUUUAGCAAAUAUCACUUGUGAAAUUGCCAUAAAGCAAAAGCUGAUAGAUGAACUAGAGAACAGCCAACGAAGACUACAGACUCUGAAAAAGCAAUAUGAAGAAAAGCUAAUGAUGCUACAACAUAAGAUUCGAGACACUCAACUUGAAAGAGAUCAGGUUCUUCAAAACCUGGGUUCCGUGGAGUCUUUUUCAGAAGAAAAAGCAAAAAAAAUAAAGUCAGAAUAUGAGAAAAAACUCCAAACCAUGAAUAAAGAACUGCAAAGACUGCAAACUGCUCAGAAAGAACAUGCACGAUUGCUUAAAAAUCAGUCUCAAUAUGAAAAGCAGCUGAAGAAACUGCAGCAGGAUGUGACCGAGAUGAAAAAAACUAAGGUUCGCCUGAUGAAACAAAUGAAAGAAGAGCAAGAAAAAGCCAGAAUGACAGAAUCUAGAAGAAACAGAGAGAUUGCACAGCUUAAAAAGGAGCAGCGCAAGCGAGAGCAUCAGCUCAAACUUCUGGAAGCUCAGAAAAGAAAUCAAGAAGUUGUUCUACGCCGCAAAACAGAAGAGGUUACAGCUCUGCGUCGACAAGUAAGGCCUAUAUCUGAUAAAGCAGCUGGGAGGGUGAGUCGGAAGCUGAGUUUGCCUGACCAUCCUAUUCAAGAACCAAGUUCUAGUAUGUCAUCUAUAGACUAUGAUGGAUCAAGAUCAACAGCACAGCAGAAGAUGAGAAUUCCUGUGGCCAGGGUCCAAGCAAUAUCAGUAACUGCAACAAAUGGAACCAGGACGAAAUACCAAAGAAAAGGAACAACUGUCAGAGUUUAUUCCUCAAAGGCAGCCAGGAUGAAGUGGCAAUUACUUGAACGCAAAGUGACUGACAUCAUUAUGCAGAGAAUGACCAUUUCUAAUAUGGAAACAGAUAUGAAUAGACUGCUUAAGCAACGUGAAGAACUUACAAAAAGAAGAGAGAAGCUUUUGAAAAAAAGGGAGAAAGUCAUCAACGAUGGUGGUGGAGAAGCAGACAAAAAUGUCCAUAACAUCAAUGAGGAGAUGGAGUCACUAACUGCAAAUAUAGAUUACAUCAAUGACAGUAUUUCUGACUGCCAAGCAAACAUUAUGCAGAUGGAGGAAGCAAAGGAAGAAGGAGAGACCGUGGAUUUGUCUGCAGUGAUUAAUGCCUGCACACUAACAGAAGCUCGAUAUCUUCUUGAUCACUUCCUCACAAUGGGCAUUAAUAAGGGUCUCCAAGCAGCUCAGAAAGAGGCUCAAAUUAAAGUUCUUGAAGGACGCCUUAAGCAAACAGAAAUUACAAGUGCUACUCAAAAUCAGCUGCUAUUUCAUAUGCUGAAAGAGAAGGCAGAAUUAAAUCCUGAACUUGAUGCUUUGCUGGGUCAUGCUUUGCAAGACCUAGAUAGCAUAUCACUGGAAAAUGUAGAAGAUAGUACUGAUGAAGAUGCCCCACUGCACAGCCCUGGAGCAGAAGGAAGUUCCUUGUCUUCGGACCUCAUGAAGCUUUGUGGUGAAGUCAAGCCCAAAAGCAAGGCCCGCCGGAGGACCACUACCCAGAUGGAAUUGCUUUAUGCAGAUAGCAGCGAUUUAGCUUCUGCCAGUAAUGCAGCAGACACCAUUUUGCCCGGCCCUCUUACACCUGUUGCAGAAGUGCAAGAGAGUGGGAUGUAUACUGAUACAAGUGAUACUUCUGCUAGGGAAAGGGACCUCAUUCCCCUACCAUCUGGCUUACCUUCUAAAAUAGGCAGCAUCUCUAAACAGUCAUCUCUGAUGGAAAAGAAAAUACCUGAACCUUCACCUUUAACAAAGAGAAAGGCCUAUGAGAAAGCAAUGGAAAAGCCAAAGGCAAAAGAACAGAAACACUCAGAUUCUGGAACCUCAGAGGCUAGUCUGUCACCUCCUUCUUCCCCAUCAAGCCGGCCCCGUAAUGAACUGAAUGUUUUUAGUCGUCUUACUGUUGCUCAGGGAAACACAUCAGUUCAGCAGGAUAAGUCUGAUGAAAGUGAUUCCUCUCUGUCGGAGGUACACAGGGGCAUAAUCAACCCAUUCCCUGCUUCAAAAUACAUCAGAUCUUCACCACUUCAGUGUAUCCAUCUAGCUGAAGGGCAUACCAAGGCUGUGCUUUGUGUUGAUUCUACUGAUGAUCUUCUGUUCACUGGAUCUAAAGAUCGCACUUGUAAAGUAUGGAAUCUGGUAACUGGACAAGAGAUUAUGUCUCUCGGAAGUCAUCCUAACAAUGUUGUAUCUGUAAAAUAUUGCAACUAUACUAGCCUGGUCUUCACAAUUUCAACAUCUUAUAUUAAGGUGUGGGACAUCCGCGAUUCUGCCAGAUGUAUUCGGACGUUGACGUCUUCAGGCCAGGUCAUGUCGGGUGAUGGUUGUUCUGGAAGCACUAACAGAACAGUAACUAUUCCUGCUGGAGAAAACCAGAUCAACCAAAUUGCACUAAAUCCAACAGGCACUUUCCUCUAUGCAGCUUCUGGAAAUGCAGUGAGAAUGUGGGACCUUAAAAGAUUCCAGUCUACAGGAAAGUUAACUGGUCACCUAGGCCCUGUCAUGUGCCUUACUGUAGACCGCAUUUCCAAUGGACAAGAUCUUAUCAUCACUGGCUCAAAGGAUCACUAUAUAAAGAUGUUUGAUGUAACUGAAGGGGCCCUUGGAACUGUUAGUCCAACACACAAUUUUGAACCACCUCAUUAUGAUGGGAUUGAAGCACUUACUAUCAUUGGAGACACCCUUUUUAGUGGGUCCAGAGAUAAUGGAAUAAAGAAAUGGGAUUUAGCUCAAAAAGACCUGCUUCAGCAAGUUCCUAAUGCACACAAGGACUGGGUGUGCGCUCUUGGACUGGUGCCUGGCUCCUCUGUUCUUCUCAGUGGCUGUAGAGGAGGUAUUCUAAAGCUCUGGAAUGUGGAUACAUUCACACCAGUAGGAGAGAUGCGGGGACAUGACAGUCCUAUAAAUGCUAUCUGCACCAACUCCAGCCACAUUUUUACAGCAGCAGAUGAUCGAACUGUGAGGAUCUGGAAAGCUCGCAAUCUGCUAGAUGGACAUAUCUCUGAUACUGGAGAUGCAAAUGAAGAUAUUGCCAGUAAUUAAACAUGAAUUGAAAUGAUGGGCACAAAUGAAUACUGUGAUAAAAUGCUGUGUAUUCUUAGUGCACUUUGUUGUGCAUUUACUAGGUAAACACUGACAACUGGAAUAAACUGGAAAAUGCAGCUGAACCCAACUGGUAAAUAUGUGUUGUAUUCUCCUAGAAUUGAUAUCCUCAGAACCCUUGCCCUGUAUACUGUAUUUAAAAAUAGCCUGUUGGUAAUAUACUUGAGUCUCGCUGAUAUAUCUAAUGGCUGGAUUUGUGUGCAUAUAUAAUAGUUGUAAUUUAACAAAUUGGAAAGUAAUCUGCUCUAAUAACAGUCUCAAACCUGUAACCUGAAAUACAAAACAAAAUACUCUAUUGUACUUCACUCUCUCAGACAUUCUGAUGAGCUGAUUUGUAUCUUGAGAUAACAUGGGAAUGAUGCAUACCAUACUAAGCCUUUAAUUAAACUAGGCCUUGGUUUGAGGUUGUAAAAGGCUACCUAUAUAGAUGUUAUAAAAGUAGACUGAAUGAAAUAUCUGAGGAAGUUGUUAGUGUGACAGAUAUUUUUAAUCUGACUGUUUCUGGCUAACAGUGAAUGCCAUUUGAUUUGUGUUAAUGUUAGCAUAUACUCUUUUUGACCAAAGUUGUGUAGCUGUGUAUACUCUGUGCUCAGGACUAGAACUAAAUUGCUGUUAAAUUAUGUUUUAUUAGUGCUUUGCCUGUAUUCUGUAAUGAACAGUAUUCUUAAUGUCAUAAUAGAUGUAUAUCUUAAUCUAUUUGUCUUAUGAACUUGUUUUAAUCAUCUCACAUUUUCUUUAACAGCAAUUUGUCAUUCAUUUUUAUCUAAUUUUAUAUGCUGCUAAAAAUAUUUCAGAUAUGCUAUGUUUUGCAAACUUGGCUGUGACUAUGAGAACUGUAACGCCGGCAUUGGAAAAAGCUAUGUAAAUAGAUGGAUUGUAAAAAGAGAAUAUCUUAUCUUGUGCCUAUGUGGAUUUUAAAAUGCUGCAGAGUGUGAAUAUUGAAAGAGAAUGUGUAGUUUAUCCAGCUGCUCCAAAUAUUAAUUUGUAAAUUCUGCAAGUUUUAAAAGUUUAUGUAGAUUCAAAAACAGUGUUUGGAUUUUUAUUUUAUUUUUUUUUUCCAGAAAAUAUCAGCCUGUAAAUUGUAGCUUAUGUAGGUGAUGCUUAAAUAAACAUGUGACUGAAUUA